CUCAGUGUAGUCAUCCCUGACUAGCAAUCUGAUAGCAACGUGCAAGUGUCUUAAAUAAAAACACAUUUGUAUGUAGUUAAUUAAUGAUAAGAUUUCCAAGUGGGCAGAGUAUAUAUCCCAGCUCAAGGUUCAAGACCCAGCAGUUGUCACAGAGAACGCAGAAUGACGGACAAAGAAGAUUUACAGUUGACAACCGUCUCGUAUGGGAAUGAACAAGGUGUGGACAAUCCAGCAUUUGUGAAGGAGGAUAAAUUAACAGAUGACCUGAGUGACAGUGACAAAGAGGAGUCAGAGAAGGAGUCAAAAUCAUGCCUAAGCAAAGCAUGCAUACCCAUCACGGCCACAGAGACCUUCUGCAAGACACACUCCAAAAUAAUCAAAUACAUUGCUUUGGGAAUACUUGCUGCAGGUUAUUUGGCAUACUUCAUUGCUGCAUGUUAUUUAAACUUCCAGAGGGCAGUUGCUUUGGUUGUCCUCACUUGUCUGUGCGUGUUUAUCAUCGUGUGUGAAUUGGUGAAUAAGUUCAAGGGUGACAGCAUAAGGAGGCUUUUCAAGCCCGUGCAAAGGUGUUUCAAAUCCAACAUCAGAUGGAUUAAAUG